AUGACGGUCAAGGUUUGCGUCUACAACUACAAGGGCGGCGCGUCCAAGACGACCAUUACGAUCAACCUGUCAGCCGCGUUUGCGAAGCAGGGCAAGAAGGUUCUGAUCGUGGACCUCGACCCGCAGUGCAAUGCCACGCAGUUCUGGAACACGGACUACGACGACGCGACGUCCGAUACCGGCAGCCAGUCUGCCGACGCUGCAGGUGCGCUCGUGGCCAUGGCGGGCGGCGGAGAGACGCGAGUCGGAUCCGACAAAUUGCAUCUCACAAAGUUUAACUCGGACAUGUCCGCGUUUGUGAGCGACAUGCUGAAGACGCCUCUGUACCAGAUGCUGAACGCGCACUUUACUCUGUCCAAGCAGGACAGGCUCGACAAGCUGUUGAAUGACGCCACCUCUAUCUCCGAGUGCAACCCCGACUUCUUCGAGGGCAAGCUGUGGCUGCUGAAGGGCAGCCAGCUCAUCUUUAAGUUCGAGCGCGACAUCACUGCAGCGCUCGAGGACCAGUCGCUUGCCGACAAGAACGUGAAGCCCAUCGGCAUUAUCAACUACAUCCUGAACAAGCUGGCGGACAAGCACAACUUCGACGUCAUCAUCUUGGACGUGAGCCCGAGCAACAGCUCUCUGAAUCAGAUCAGCGCUCUCAGCUGCGACUACAUCCUGCCCCCGUGCAACGCGUCCUUGUACUCAGGGGUGGCUCGGCGCACGAAGGCCCUUCCCGGCAAGCAGUGGGAGCCAAACUGGGAGCAGGGCGAGGAGGGGCAGGAGCUGAUUCCGUUUCGGCUACCAAAGAAGCCGCCCACAUUGCUGCCGAUCCUCGUGACAAACUACGGCAUGGAAGCACCGACCUCAGCAGAGCUGCUUUCGCGCAAGCGCCGCGCACCGGGCUCCGACCUCAACGCCCGCACCGUUCGCUUCCAACCCAGCCAGUUCGUCUACACGCUGGAGAACUACCUGAAGAGUUGCACGACCAUCAAGCGCGAGGCAGGGACGUCCGCCCCGGGCCCUCCGUCGCCAUCGCGCCGUACGAGUACAAUCGAGCUCCGGGCGAACUGCGGGCGCGAGGCCAUCGCUUUCUGCCCGUCUGUGCCCGUUUCCAUUGCGGCGACGGAGGCACUUGGGCGGCCGUUUGUGGAGAUCACGCUCGAGCAGUUUUCGGACUUCUAUGGCUUCGAUAAAGACGAGAUGAAGACUUCGCAGAAGGCGCUCAAGGAGCGGUCGGCGCUUCUCAAGAAACUGAUGGAGUACAACUUGCUCGACUCGCUCGCCGACAACGCCAACGACGUGUUCACACGCGAGGUUUCGCUCGUCAGGGAGCUACGAGAGCCUGGCCGCGUGGCUGGCGAACGAUGUCUUCCAAGUCGAGGAGAUGGACUAGACGACUGUUUCAUGAUCUCGGUUCCCAUGCCCGUCUGA